AUGGCCGGAAAAACACGAGGGGGUAAGGCCUUUCUAGAGAAUGGAAGCAUGCUAUUGGAGAAGCUGGUUGCCGCUUGUAAUGGUAGGCCUAUUCCCAUCCGUAUCUUCUCUUACCAUGAGCUCGUGUCUGCAACCAACAACUUUGAUUCAGGGCUUGUUCUACGUGUUGACGCGUACUACAUAUGGUACAAGGGUUCUCAUGAAGGGCGAACCAUUUCCAUUAAGAAACAUGGAAGUAAUCCCUGUCCAAUCGAGAGUAUCUUCACCGACAUCGCUAUUUCUGCAAAGAUAAGGCCUCACAAGCAUGCUGUGAAGCUAAUAGGAUGCUGUCUCGAAACUCCACUUCCCAUUUUAGUGUAUGAAUCUAUCACGAAUGGGACUCUUGCUGCUCGAAUUUAUGCCUCCGAUGAUGAUGGAGUUCCCCAACAAAGACGGCCAAUGGCGUGGCAGAGGAGAUUGAAGAUUGCGAGGGACAUUUCUCAUGCGAUUUCCUAUCUCCAUACUGCCUUCUCCAGACCCAUAAUCCAUAGGCAAAUAUCCGUGUUUUCUAUCGUCUUUGACCAACAUGAUGUUCCCAAAUUGUCAAACUUUUUUGAUUGCAUAACAAUUCCCAAGGGUGAAACCUGCGUAUGUGUUUCGUUUUCUGGGUAUGGCCGAGGUCAUCAAUGCCCGAACUAUGUUCAAACGCCCUACGUAACAGAAAAGACUGAUGUCUACAGUUUUGGUGUACUUCUUUUAGUUCUUUUAACAGGACGACGUGCUCCUCACAUGGUAGAGUCCGUAAGAAAUCGAAGAAUAAAUGAGAUCGUAGAUGCUGCAAUCUUGGCAGAGGGAGGAGCAGAUAUGGAGCGACAAUUGCAAGCAGUGCUGCAGUUGGCUCUCGCAUGCGUAGACUUGGAACCAGAGAUAAGGCCAACUAUGGUUGAUGUUGCAAAAGAACUGCGGCGGAUUGAUAGGUUGGACUGA